GGAACGUUUGGGACAAUCGAAGAACGGGAGACGAAUAAAACACAGUACUCAGGUGAUUAAAUUGCGUGUUCCAUUUUUAAGUUGGAGCGGGUGUUUCUGUGAGAGAUGUCGGGGCCGGAAUGCUAUGCAAAUCCACCAGAGAUGAACAGUAGUUCUGGAAACGGGAGCAUCGAAGAAAUCGGAGGCCUGAAAGCCUAUGUUACUGGAAAUCGCUCUGCAAAUCUGGCCAUCUUGCUUGCUUCUGAUGCUUUUGGUUAUGAAGGAGUUAUGUUGAGGAAACUUGCUGACAAAAUAUCUGCUCUUGGAUACUUGGUUGUCGUUCCUGAUUUCUUCUUUGGGGGUCAUAUUUGCACCACGAGUCCUCCACAAGUUCGAGCAAACUGGUUACAUAAUCAUCCUCCAGAAAAAGGUUGUGAAAAUGCAAGGAAGAUAAUUGCUCAACUUAAAAGCAGAGGAGUAUUUGGUGUAGGGGCUGCUGGUUUUUGCUGGGGAGGAAUGAUGGUUGCUAAAUUGGCAAAAUAUGACGACAUUAAGGCUGGUGUUAUAUUGCACCCUGGUCGCCUCACAGACGAUGAUAUCAACGAGGUGAAUGUUCCCAUUGCCAUAUUGGGAGGCGAGCUUGACAAACUAUGUCCACAAGAAGAAGUGAAACAUUAUGGGGACAUUUUAUCAUCAAAACAAGUUGAGAGCUUUGUGAAAAUAUUCCCAGGUGUUAGUCAUGGGUGGGCUUCAAGAUACAGUGAAGAUGAUGAAGUUGCCGUAAUGAGUGCUCAAGAGGCUCAUACAGACAUGCUGAACUGGCUUACCAAAGUAAUGAAAAAUAUUCUAAGUAUGGAAGUCUGGAGACCCGACGGAGAUCCAAAAGAGGAGCAUAAUAAUUCUAAGUGCUAAAGAUCAGAGAUACCAUGAACACAAUUCAGAGAGGCUAUGAAGAUCGGAAGCACUUAACCUGAUGAUCAUCUACUAUUAAAGAGUUCAUUUGGUUGAUGAACUUAGCCUUUCCAUAACUCCUCUGGUUUCAGCAGCUGAAGAAUCACACAAGUAUCAACCAUUGUUCGAUCAGAUCAAGCCUAACCAACUGAUGCAUGGAGGACGCUGAUUGGAUACGCCACCUAUAGAGACAGUUGGACGACUUGACACAUGGAAAGUCGUGACUCAUCGCCAGUCAAAUUUGGUUAUUCUAAGCAGUUAGAGAUAAUCAUUAUCACUCAUUAUCACUUCUAGAUAGAUAUCUUUUCUACGUUUAUCUCAUAGAUAUCCUAUCUUAGAUUGUUAUCCCUUAGACUAGAUUUCUAGUAUAAAUAGCUUCCAUAUCUUGUAAUUUUGGUUGACCUUCCCAUUAUAAAUAAUUACU